AUGAGUAGCUCUAAAAGAAGGAUUGAAACAGAUGUAAUGAAACUCUUGAUGAGUGAUCAUCAGGUGGACCUAGUCAACGAUAGCAUGCAAGAAUUUCAUGUGAAAUUCUUGGGUCCAAAGGACACGCCGUAUGAAAAUGGUGUUUGGAGAUUACACGUUGAGUUACCUGAUAAUUAUCCGUACAAGUCGCCAAGCAUAGGGUUCGUUAACAAGAUAUUUCACCCCAACAUUGAUAUCGCGUCGGGAUCUAUCUGUUUGGACGUGAUCAAUUCUACAUGGUCACCUUUAUAUGACUUAAUAAAUAUUCUGGAGUGGAUGAUACCGGGGCUGCUCAAGGAACCCAAUGGUAGUGAUCCCUUAAACAACGAAGCCGCCACACUGCAAUUACGAGAUAAAAAAUUAUAUGAGGAAAAGAUUAAGGAAUAUAUAGACAAGUAUGCCACAAAGGAAAAGUACGAGCAGAUGUUUGGUGAAGACGGUGAUAAUGACGAUAUUGAUGGCGAUGGAAUUGCCCAAGAGAGCAGUGAUUCCGAUGAAGAUAUGCAGGAUACUGAUAUUUCCAGCGCUGAUGAUAGCUUGGAUGAGUUAAGUGAAGACCUGAGUGACAUAGAUGUCAGUGAUGACGAAGACGAGGAAAAUGGGGUCUAG